GAUCGUCCAGGUUAAAUCCUUUUCAGUACCCCAUGAAACAACGAUGCUACUCUCCACCUCCAUUUCUCGAUCUCGCAUCACUAAACACAACCAACCCGAACAUCGGAACGAGACCGGCAAAACCCCGCAGCGGGGGACUCUCGGCUUUCACCCCACCACAGAAAUUCCCAUCCGAAUGAAACUCCAUCCAUCCAUGUCAUGAUCCCAAAAAAUAUACAUUUCCCUCGCGCCUCUUUGUUGCGCACACCUGCAAGACACCACAUACACAAUUCAGCUGCAAAGAUGACAGACAAGCCAAGAAGACGCCUCAAUAGGCCAGCCCUUUUUAUCUGCGAUAUCCAAGAAAAAUUCAGAGGGCCGAUAUGGGAAUAUGAGAAGCUAAUCCUCACCACCCAAAAAAUGCUCUCCGCUGCCUCCAUACUCUCCAUCCCCAUCUACGCAACCACUCAGAACCGCGCCCGCCUCGGCGAAACCUGCAACGAACUCGACCUCUCGACGGCCAUCGAACACGUCGACAAAACCGCCUUCAGCAUGUGGAUUCCCUCCAUCUCCAAGCAUUUCUCGUCGUCUACACCCUCGGAAAUCGUGCUCGUCGGCAUCGAGACACAUAUCUGCAUCACGCAGACGACGCUCGAUCUGCUAGCAGCGGGACACAAGGUGUAUAUUUUGGCGGAUGGCGUCAGUAGUUGCAAUAAGGAGGAGAUUGGUAUUGCGCUGGAGAGGCUCAGGAGGGAGGGAGCGGUGGUCACGACGAGUGAGAGUUGGAUUUAUGAGUGUAUGGGGGAUGCGGCCAUUGCGGAGUUUAGGGAUGUGGCAGGCUUGGUGAAGAGGAGUAGUAAGGACACGAAGGAGGUGUUGGGAGUCUUGGCAGGGAAGAGUAAGAUUUGAGAGGAUUGGGGGAGAUGUAUGAGUCGAACGGGUAUAAAUUGGGAGGCUAGGUUGGGAGGGCUUGGUUUAAAUGGUUGGACGCCUCUGUGCGCUUGUACAAGAUAUGUUUACUGUGAUAUAUCAAAGUCUAGAAUAUGUGAAUAUUAUUUGCUUAUAACCAAGCUUCUUAUUCUG